CUCGCGGGAGCCGUGCACAUUUUGUUAGAAAAUCGUAGUGAGUUUGUGAAGGAAAAAAUGGCAAAUUGUUUGAUCAGGCACGGUUUAUAUUUGUGCAAGUGAUGUGGACGUAUUACGACUCGAACCAUGGAUACUCUCCCUGAGAACCGUUUUCUGUACAAAUGUUGUGUUUAAUGAUAUAUUUAAUUCCUACAUCUCGUUUCUGAUAAAACAUUAAAAGUUAGUGAUUAUCACAAUUUAUCAUGUACGGUAAGAGUAAAGGCUCUUCUGUACCGUCCGAUGCGCAAGCACGAGAAAAAUUAGCCCUUUAUGUUUACGAAUACUUAUUACACGUAGGAGCACAAAAAGCAGCACAAACAUUCCUGUCAGAAAUCCGAUGGGAGAAAAAUAUAACGUUAGGCGAACCUCCUGGGUUUCUACAUUCGUGGUGGUGUGUAUUUUGGGACCUGUACUGUGCGGCACCUGAGCGAAGGGAUACAUGUGAACAUUCAUCAGAAGCCAAAGCAUUUCACGAUUAUGGUUUUGUCAACUCCGGGUAUGGCGUUAACGGCAUUGCACAUAAUGCGGGUCCUGCGCAAAGUCCGUUGGGCCAAAUACCCCCUAACGAUGGCAUGCCGGGAGGUCCAAUGCCACCAGGUUUCUUUCCAAAUUCCACAAUGAGGCCAUCACCGCCCACACAUCCAUCUAGCCAGCCUUCUCCGCACCCCCAAGCCCCGCCUUCUCAUAGUCAAAUGAUGCCUGGUCAGACGUUUAUGGGAGGUCCCAGGUAUCCUGCGGGUCCUAGGCCUGGUGUGAGGAUGCCUCAAGGAAUUGGAAAUGAUUUUAAUGGACCUCCUGGACAACCUAUGAUGCCUAAUAGCAUGGAUCCCACGCGGCAAGGUGAAGCAGGUGAUUUUGUAGGUUGGCAAGGUCCUCCUGGAAUGAACCCAAUGAAUCCGAGAAUGAAUCCUCCCCGAGGUCCAGGUAUGGGUCCCAUGGGUCCUGGUUCUUACGGCCCAGGAAUGCGUGGACCACCUCCAAACAGUAGCUUAGGUCCAGGUGGCCCAGGAAUGCCUCCCAUGGGAAUGGCAGGCGGCAGACCUCAGUGGCAACCCAACACAUCAACGCCUAUGAACUACUCCUCUUCAUCACCUGGAAAUUACGGGGGACCCCCUGGUUCAACAGGGCCACCCGGUCCUGGUACACCUAUAAUGCCUAGUCCGCAGGAUUCUUCCAAUUCGGGUGGUGAAAAUAUGUACACGUUAAUGAAAACAGUUCCUGGAGGAAAUAUGCCUGGGGACUUUCCAAUGGGCGGUGGUCCUGAUGGUGGUCCCAUGGGACCAAUGGGGCCAAACACAAUGGGACCAGUGUUGAAUGGUGACGGAUUAGAUGGAAUGAAAAAUUCACCCGCAAAUGGAGGCCCCAGCACUCCACGUGAAGAUUCAGGGAGUGGAAUGGGAGAUUACAAUUUAACAGGAUUUGGGGGCCAAGGUGAAAAUAUGUGGACUAUUUAAUCAGCCAUAGACUCUUGAAGCACAUCGCAAGCAAUGAACCAUUGUAGCUGCUUGGAUAUCGUCCUAAUGAAUAUAUUAGGAUAACACUAUAGAAAUAGAUUUUGCAAUAUCGGACAUUGCUAAUUAUAUUGUCAGUGUAUUGUGUUACUAUCUUGCCCUAAUGUUUACUGACAACACAUUCACACUGUUAUAGGCACGAAUAACUUACUUCGCACAUUAUUUUCAUAGUUUGUGACUUUUUUCUAAAUUCAAAAUUUUUGAAUAGGUUUUCAAUAGUUUUAUUUUAACAAUAUUUUUGGUUUUCAAUUAGGCAUAUUAUACUAAAAUUUAAAAAUUAUUUCUUGAUGUGCUUACAUGUAUGUUUAUCUGUAAUUUAUGCAUUUGUAUAUAUGACUGAAAUUUCUACAUAUAUGCAAAGAUGCAUACAUGCUAAUGCACAUGCACACGUAUGCACAUGCACUUAUAUAAAAUUAUGCAUGCCUAUAGUAUUUUACAGACGAGUACACCCAUACCUCACUUUGCGUCGUGAUAAUAAAAAAAAAAGCAAAAGAUCAAGACCGAAGAUAGUUUUCAUAAUUACAGAAAUAUAAUUUUUGUUAAAUAAUUGUCUCUAAAUAUACUAUUUAAUUAAAAAUCAUAGUAGUUUGAUGAAUUCACAAUGGCUGUAGUCCCAAGUUAGCAAACCCUUGCAAAAAUUGAUCCAAAGUUUGCUGUACAGCUUUUUUCAAUAUGAAAUAUUUUUGUAGUGAUUUUUUUUGUAGCUACUUUCUGGGACAUUUUAAAACCUUCCGCUGUUAGGAUGUUUUUACUUAAAAAGAAUCUCCAUAGUUGUGUCAAUUAAAUAAGAUUUGUUCUGAUAUUCAAUAGUUCUAUUGACUGUUGACCCAAUAAUCUUCAUUUGCAAAUUGCAAUCAUAGUUCUUUAUUAGAGAAUUUUUAGUUCAUCAAGCUUAGCAAUUUAUUUAUGUCAGUUGAUGCAAAAAAAAAUAGAAGAUAUAUACAUAGGGUAUCCCAGAGCUCAAUAUCAUUUACAAUCGAUACUGCCACCUUGUUUCAGCUUCACAUUAAGUUUUUGUAUAUAUAAGGCAUCUUCAAAAAUCUAACAACACUUGUAAAAAUUACUCCUAAGCCUGAAAAAAAAACGCAAAACAAAUCGACGUAAAGCGAGGUAUGGGUGUGUACAUAGUGAUAUUUAAAAAAAAUCUGUUUCUUUUCUUUUUGUCUAAUCUUUGAACAUCACAAUGAUGUUUAUUGAUGCAAAAUAGUUGCAAUACAUAUUCAUAAUAAAUCGAGUUGUUUUUAUUAGUAUGCAAACUAUGAUCCAAAUAAAAAUUUGAUUUAUUCUCUUUUUCAAAUUUGUUGAUGUAAAAAUCAGUCAGUAGAAAAAAUCUGCGACAAAUAAAU